AUGGGAGAACUGCCUGGAGUGGGCUCUAGUGAGGACUUACUCCUGGAAUGGUGCUUGUCAGGGGAAGUGGUGAAGGUCUUGUCAGUCUUAGAAGAGUUCACUAACACAAUGUCUGAAGUCAUAGGGACAGAUGGCGAUGUGUCAGUCAUGGUAGGGUUUGACCCCACAGAGUCUGACAGAGUAGAGUUGGACAGCAUAAGAUUAGACAGGACAGAGUUGGACAUGGAAGAGUCAGAAAGGACUGAGCUGGACAACACAGAUUCUGAGAGGACUGAGCUGAACAACCCAGACUCAGUCCGUAGAUUGGACAACUCAGGGUCAGGCUGGUCAGUCAUGGGCAAGUCUGGGUAUGGCAGCACAGAGUCUGGUGACACAGGUUCACAUAGGUUGCCCAGCGUAGAGGCUGGCAGUGACACAGAAUCAUAUGUGACAGUGUUGGGCAGUGUGGUGAUGGGCUGCACUGAGGAUGUGGUGAAGAAGAUGAAAUCAGGGGUCUCAGGAAUGGCAGAUCUAUACCUGGGACUGGGGUUCAAGGGAAACGAUGAUCUCUGGCUGACUCAUCAUAAUGAUUACAAUGAGUUUUUGGCAACAUUGCAGUCAGAAAAGGGAUCCAAGCAAGAUGGUAGCAUCAAUGAAACCCAGGGCUUCAUUCCACUUACUGAGAAGAGCAAAUCUUCAAAGAAACGAGUCCAUUAUCACAAGUUUGCCAGAGGGAAGGACUUAUCAUCAUGCUCACAAGAGGAUUUGGCAUGCAUUUUUGGGAAGAAAACAAUAGUGAAAGAAGAAGCACCUGGAGAUGCAAAUGAGAAUUCUAUGGGGCAAAUUGAGCAUGCCCAUGGAGUUACCACAAUCAUGGGUGGAUCCUUGCCAAAAUACUUUGCUUCCCGCUUGGGGGCCAAAAAGGUCAUGAGCAAUCCAAUUCAAGAUAAUGUGGAUCUGGAGCCAGCUACUGACGUUUUUUCACCUUCAAGUGAUAAUGCUGCUCCUGGAAGGGCUUCUGGAAAGAUGAGGCAUAGACCUCAUUUAAUAGAAAAUUGCUGUGAAGAAGAGGCUCCUAAGAAAAUUUUUUUGGAUGAGAAGCCCUAUCAAGUCCAAGAAGAUGAAUGUGGUGAGGAAAAAUAUGAGAAACCCAGGGGUCAGAGUCCACAUCAUGAAGAGCUUACUGCUCAGCCUUACAAGAAGAAACAAAAGAAGAUCCAAGUGCAGGGUGAAGAUGGCUUGACAGAAACACCUCAGACUGCUUCUGGCAGUGAAAUGACACAUGUGGUCUCUAAUCAAUUUGUAAAGGAUAAUCAUUCCUCUUUAGGGGUGCACAUUAAUAAGGAAUCAGUAUCUGAAGUCCAUCUUGAUAAAAUGAAGAAGAAAAGGAAAUUGAAAAGUGAACAUCAAACUGUAUCUCACAGUGAUGAGGAUACAAUUCAAGGGAUUAUGUGCUAUUCAGCCAAAACAAAGAAGAGAAAGAACGUAGGUGAAACUGAUGAUGAGGCAUGUAGGGAUUCAGAGGAGCUUCUUAUGCCAGGAAAGAAUGGUGUGUCUGUAUCGCCAGAUAAUGAAGACAAAGGAUCAGAAUCUAAGGAGAAAAUGAAGAAUGUCAAGGCAGUUCAUAUAAGUAAUUGUGAAAGAAAGCCAAGUGUGGCUGAUGGGACUGACACCAAAGAAUCACUAGGCUAUUUUGAAACAUUGCUAACUGGAGACAUCAAGAGUGGAAAGAGAAAACAAAAGAAAACAGACCCAGAUUCAGCCUGUCAUGAAGAAGAUGCUAAUCCUCUCCCUCUUGAUAGCCUGCAGGGUCAAUGUUCUUGA